GUCGUUUUCAUUCCAUAACGGAGGUCACAAACAUACGCAGAGUGCUGUGUCAAAAUGAAGUGCUCUUCGGGUGUUUGGGCUGGUCUGGCCUUUGGUGUCAUUUUUGUGGGUUCCAUCGCCCUGAUGGUGGGCGUGACUUAUAAUCAUCGGAUGGCGGCCAAGCGCAACUAUGAGUGGUGGGAGCGAUCAGUGAUUUAUCACAUCUUCACUCCUUCGUUCUAUGAUACAGAUGAUGAUGGAUUUGGGGACUUGAGAGGUAUUGGCGACAAAUUGGACUACAUUGUGGACUUAGGGGUGGACAGUGUGUUUCUGUCGGCCUUCUAUGAAUUCGGGGGUGUUGACAUGGGAUAUGAUGUGGUGAACCAUAUGGCAGUGGAUCCGAUAUUUGGAACGAAUAAGGAUUUGGAUGCACUCCUCCACAGUCUUGACGAAAAAGGUCUUAAACUGAUUGUGGACUUUGUGCCCAACCACACUUCGAAGAAGCAUGAAUGGUUCGAAAAGAGCAUUUCUUGGAAUAAUGAGGGACAAGGGAAGUACAAAGAUUAUUACAUCUGGCGGAAUGCCUCCAAUUGGGAGAGUCCUGGAGAAGAUCCCAAACCACCUAAUGCAUGGAUGACCAGCGUUCCCAACCUCCCUGCUUGGUCCUGGGAUGCUACUCGCAAGCAAUAUUACCUUCAUACUCUACUCCCCGACAUGCCAGACCUGAAUCUGGAUAAUGAAGACGUCAGAACCGAGAUUAAGGAGAUAUUCAAGUUCUGGCUGAGCAAAUCCCCCAUUUUCGGGGUCCGCAUUGGUGCAUUUAAUUUGCUUUUUGAGGAUGACUCCGACCAAACCACUGAAGUUAUCAAAUCCGACGUGGAAGCCACUUUGGAGUUUCUAGACGAAUUGAGGGACAUUGCCGAAGUCUUGGCCGAUGCGGAUGGUACAAAAAGAUUGUUCCUCGUGGAAAUGUUGCAAACGGAAAAUCUGAUGAAAUGGCAAGAGACUUAUCGGAAUGCCACUCUUGAGCGGGGAAAUGUGAUUCCAUUCAAUCUGGGUAUUCUCCCAUGGAAAAAUCCCAAUUUAUCAGGCGAUGAUGUUCACCAAUCAGUCCAAGAUUACAUAGCUGCCAUUCCUCAGGAAGAGGUGGAGAAACGGGCCAAUGCCUUGUUAUCCUGGGAAAUGGACAAUCAUGACAAAUUUGCCGUUGCUGACGAAGACUCGAGUCGUAUGCCUGAUUACCUAAAUGAAGUGGGCAUGAUGAUAACCAUGUUGCUCCCGGGGACGAUGAUGAUCUAUUAUGGAGAUGAAAUUGGCAUGUCCGAUAGCGAUGCCAUCACAUGUGAACAAACACAGGAUCCCUAUGCCAUCCCACCUUACGGUUCGGAGUGCAUUGAUUUCCCCCAGCGUUCCAGGGAUCCUGGACGAGCUCCCAUGCAGUGGAAAAAUGACACAUACGGUGGGUUUAGCGAUUCUGAACCUUGGCUGCCGCUUUCUUCAAAGUAUCUCGAUGUGAAUGUCGAAAUCGAAAUGGGAAAAGAAAAUUCCAAGCUCCAUUUCUUCAAGAAUCUUUUGAAGAUUAGACAAGAGGAUCCGAUUUAUCAUGGAGAAGUGUUUUAUCCCUACCACGAUAAGAACAUAUUUUCAUUUCUCAGAAUGGAAGAAGACACCAAAAUUGGCUUGUUGGUGGUUGUUAACAUCCACGAAUUCGAUGAUAUCGAAGUGGACAUCCAUUCAGUGAUGCCAGGAGUGCCCAAUGAAGGAACAGUCAGAUUAGUCACCUCGUCAGAUGUUGUCGAGGAAGCAAAUUACGAGAUGGGAUCAUCCAUUGAGUUGAACGAAAUUCUACUCAGCGCUUAUCAAGGAUUGGUUAUUGAAGUAGAUUUUAAUCCAAGUGAAGAGGAAGAACAUUAACUUAUAUCAAAUGGCAAGUGGUUGAUCAUAUAAUAGAUCAUCUACCUUCCUAUGCCUCUUUUGACUCUUCCUGCUGAGAAGGCUGGCUUUCUUGAACUUGCUUUAUUGUUGACUUUGUAGUUUUGAAAAAAACAUUCACUAAAUCAUUCAAAUUGGAAAAGUCUCAAAGUCAUUGUGUUGGAAUCAAGUUUUUGUAAAUAAUAAAGAAACCAAACCAAUGACAAUGAAAGGAACUCUAGCAUAAAAAUGGCUUUGGUUUGAUGAUAUUCAUUUCCA